ACAAGAUCCGCGAGAUGAAUGUUCUGCCUGGACUCUUGAGAUUCUCAUUACGUGAAAAGUCACAGGAACCACACGUGCUAAACGAGUCCCUAAAGUGUCCACAAUCAUCGGCAUCACACAUUAUGAUUCCUAUGAUUUUGCCCAAAAAUUUCAAAAGUAUAGGCCAAAACGAUUCCAUAAUGGGUGAUCGGUUACUUUUGCAGCGUAACAUUUCCGAAAAGCUAAUCACGCGGCUCAAACGAUGGAAGAGCACGCAGUCCAGCUGCGAAGAUGACUGUUCAAAGAAACUACAAGGAUCCAUCGAGGAUCACCAACAAUCCUCAGAGUCCUGUGAGAAAUCGCGCAUAAGAUGUGACGACGAUCAUCAAUUAUCUGCGGAGAAUUGUCAGAAAUCCUCCAGCGAUUUGUUGAGCCAUCAAGAAUAUUAUCAGUCGGUCGAAUCCAGUCUUCCGAUAUAUUCGGACAAGCCUGUGCCGUAUAAUGAUCGCCAGGCAUGCGAUUCAACGAAACGCGAUCCUCAAGAAUGCUCGCCAAUCUCAAUCGACGAGUGUGGUGACAAACGCACAAGAUGGACAACGUCAAGUUAUUGGACUACUGGAAAACCAGCAACAGAGAGAGAGCUCUGUCAUGAACAGAAAUCAAUUCCAUCUGCUUAUUCAAAAGUUCGCACGGAAUUAUACACGCCAAGAAAGUGCAGCAAAGAAGAAUCCAAAAUGACGAAGGAAAACGAUUCGAAUCGUGUUACUUAUCCUACGCAACGACGCUCCGAAUCGGAAACGCGUUGGGGUCCCGAAAAUACCGAGACACCGAAUACACGAGAGAGUUGUCUCGCGGAAAGUAAGACGCCAGAAGCGAAUCUGGACAGUUACGAGCAUCAAAUAAAGCCCGAUCCUCCACCACCGAGAUACCAACAUUGGACCGAGAAUCCGCCACCUUAUUGCGACCAUUGCUCGAAGGAGGCGACGAUCACCGUUAAACCUUCACCGAUGAUGUUUGUUCCCAAGAAAGGACCGUGGAAAUCUAGUCUGACAGGCACUGCAUGGCCGUGUCAUGAAAAUUCCAUCGGAAGCCCGAGUAAAAGUAAGCGCAGCCAAACAGUCGUUAAGACGAAAACGAAAUGUGCAGCGCAUUCGCGGGAGAUUUCAUCAGGGAAGAGUGCACCGCGUCGCAUGGUCUCCUUUGAGGAUAAGUGCGCCGAUUUCUUGACGCUUCCCGCGCCUGCCAGCAAAACGAAACCGGAGAUCCAACGAUUUCCAACGCUGACCAAAUGUGGUCGUUGUCGUAUCGAGAGAUCCGAGAAGGAGCAGUUGCUCGUGCCGGACAUCAGCGAUUGCAAGCCUAACGUGGCAAGCUUGAAGUACCAAUUGAGCAAGUGUCCUCGCAUCAAGGAGAUGUGGAGUGUCGCCGCCGUUCGCGAUUCUCCUGUCGACGUCGGCAUGCAGUUCCAAAGAUCACGGACUUCUUCAUCCCGCUAUCAAACGACAAAGAGACCGCGAAGCCGAAGGAGUAAAGAGAGAGCGACGAGAACGAAGAGGAGAUUCAAGUCAUCUGGAUGGACGCGACAGAGGUACAAAGUUCGACUGAAGAUCUUCCGCAAGGGAGAUGGACGACUUGAUCCUUGCCUGCCGCGAAUCGCCGAGCUGAGACAACCGCGCGGCGAAGCGAUGCCGCCGUCUCCGUUCAAAGAUCGGAAACUGUUCGAGACCACUCUGGAUCGGAAAGAACUUUCCCCGCGAUCGAGAAACUCGUGUUCCGAUUAUUGUCCAACCAAGUGCCCGGUUGUCGAGAAUAAAAGUUAUCCGACGAAGAUGGACGAGUGCAGGAUGGUACGCGAGCAAAACUCGAAGAAGUGUCCUCGCAAGAAGCACUGUUGAGCUUUUAGAUGGCGUUAUGCGAACUUUUUGAUCGCGCUGAUGCGUGUGAAAUAUCAACUUUGUGAUCGAGAACUCAUUUUUAAUUUGUAUUUCGGGUACAAGAUACGGCAAAUAAACGCAUAAUUUAUGAAGUAUUUGUAUAUUAAUAUUAUUUAAAAAUUAUUGUAGCUAACGAUUAUUAUUUAUCUAUGUUCUAAGUACUUUUAUUAUUUGUGAAACAGAUUUUCGCAACAGAGAAAUGAUGUUUAUUUCAACAAAUGUUUCAGUUUUCUUUGGACAUUCAUUAAAUUCCACUAAAAAGGCAAGAACGUGAUAAAAUUUCUGCAAUAGAAUUUAGUGAAGUACCAGGUUAAUUUAUCCCGGCUUGUUUAUAUUAUAAUAAUGCGAAGCAGCGUAACAGUUUUGUAAAGUGAAAUGUAUGCACGGGACGUCCAAAGGUGGCAUUAUGAAGGUGCAAGAAGGGAGGAAA